UGAUAGAAGUGGUUAUAUCGCAGAUGUGGUGUUCUCUAGGGAAACCGACAAAUCGUGCUUUUAAAAGCAGUCAACAGAGAGUCUGCAUGGAAUUGUGUCAUAAUUGUUCGUGGAUUCAGUUCACAAGGUUUAGGUUCGGAAGGUGGAGGAAUGCUACCUCUGCAAAAGUUGACGCUUACAUUGAUUGUGUGGUCUGUAAUCAUCCAUUUUACUUAUAGUGGAGCUAAAUGUUGGGUGACAUCGCAACGAAUUGAUGUCGAAGAUAAAGUUACAGGACCUCGAGUCUUUCUGAGUGUUUCUUCGUUGGCUUCUCACACAGCAGAUGGCGUUAUUACCGAGAGACUGCUGGAGCUCAAUUGGUAUGACGCACCACAAGGCAUGAACGACGAUCCAACUUCCUGGGUUGGACUGUUCAACCACGAUCCUGCGGAAAGUAGUAAUGACCCACUAGAAAUUGCUCCCACAAGAUCGAAUCCCGAUGGAUACUACCGAACUCGAGUGCUUUUUCCCAGAAUCGAAUUUAUUGACAAUAAACUCAGUGAUGGAUGCCUUGGCUACUGGAUAGGUUAUAUCAACUUAAACCGCUUGGUAGCCAAGUCUUGCAUCCGAGCUCGGCCUCACUGGAUGAACGAAAUGCAAGAUGUGAUUGGGAAUAAAACUUUGAAAGAUCUCAUGUUGCCUGGAACUCACAAUGCAGGAAGUUACGAGCCGUACAGACCAGACAGAAACAGUGCCAAAAUCAGAUACCAGAUAUGUCACGAGGAAGACGUCUUCAACCAGUUGGUCUACGGCAACAGAUUUCUGGACUUCCGAGUCAUUUUCCAGCAUGUUGCUGGCAGCAAGGAAAAGUUUUGGAUCACCCACAAUAUCUUGAGGACAAACAACACCGUCAGAGAGGUGUUGAUGCAAGUGAAGCGUUUUCUGGACAAUACCAACGAAAUUGUCAUAAUAGAUUUUCAUUUGUUCUACAUGGGUUUCAUUGAUAGCUGGGUUGACGACCGGCACAAAGAUUUGAUGAACAUGGUUGUGAAUAUAUUGGGACAUUAUAUGAUUCCUAAUAAGUAUGAAUAUUCCGUACCUCUGAAUGAGCUUUGGAGAAACAAUAAGAGGUUACUUGUCGGUUAUGCUGCCAAGCAAGGAAUCGAAAGCAACUUACUUUAUCCUGGAGUGUUCCAUUUAUGGGGCAAUAAAGAAACUAGGAAUGAACUGGAAGAGUUUUUAGACAGGAAUAUGUGCCAUUUCAGGCCAAGAGGACUGUGGUCAGCAAUGGCGGAGCUGACUCCAACGACUUCUGGAGUGCUGAUAGACAAAUAUGGAGGACUGAGAGCAAUGGCUCAAGAUGUCAAUCUUCAAAUUACUAGAUGGUUUCGUGAUCGGUGGUGGAACUGUGCCAAUAUAGUAGCAACAGACUUUUUCUUGGGAAAUAACAUCAUUGAUGUUUCUAUAGAAGCAAAUAUGAAGAAAUUUGGGCCAAACAACGUAAUUCGAUGAUAAAU